AUGGCGUUUGCCGAAGCUCUGGGGAACUUACAGCUGAACUGGCCUCACAUCUUUGCUGUGCUCUGCCUUGUCGCCGUUGUCUAUAAAUCAACGGUUCUAUACCUGCGGAGAAAGGAUGUGAUGCGACACGUUGAAGCUUUUCCAGGACCACCGCCAAACUGGCUGUUUGGACACGUGCUCCAGUUUAAACAAGACGGGACAGACUUGGACACGAUAGUUAAAUGGGGAGAGCAGUAUCCUUAUGCUUUCCCCGUAUGGUUUGGUCCCGUUGCUUGUUAUCUCAACAUUCACCAUCCAGAUUAUGCGAAAACCAUUCUGGCAUCAUCAGAGCCAAAAGGGGAUUUGGCAUAUAGUUUUCUGCGGGAUUGGAUUGGAGAAGGGUUGUUGCUGUCAAAAGGUCAGAAGUGGUUUCGCCACCGAAGGCUCUUGACUCCGGGUUUCCAUUAUGAUGUUCUGAAGCCGUAUGUGAAACAGAUGGCAGAAUCUGCUGAGAUUAUGCUGAACAAAUGGGAGAGUUAUGCAAAGACCAACGAGGCCUUCGAAUUGUUUGGCGAAGUGAGCCUCAUGACACUAGACAGCAUCAUGAGGUGCGCCUUCAGCUGCAAGAGUAACUGCCAGACAGAAUCUGGAACAAGUGCCUACAUCAAAGCAGUGUAUGAGCUCAGCAACCUGAAUAACCUUCGGCUCAAUACGUUUCCAUACCACAGUAACAUCAUUUUCUAUCUCAGUCCACACGGUUUCAGAUUCAGGAAAGCAUGCAAGGUGGCUCACGAUCAUACAGAGGAAGUCAUAAAAAAGAGAAAAGAAGCUCUAAAAGAAGUGAAUGAGCUGGGCCGCAUACAGGCCAAGAGAAACUUGGACUUUCUGGACAUUCUUCUCUUUGCAAGAGAUGAGGAGCAGCAGGGUCUGUCAGAUGAAGAUAUACGAGCAGAAGUGGAAACCUUCAUGUUUGAGGGCCACGACACCACAGCCAGCGCCCUCUCUUACCUUUUCUACUGUCUUGCCUGCCACCCAGAACACCAGAAGAUUUGCAGGGCUGAAGUCAAUGAGGUUCUGGAUGGCAAGGACUACAUGGACUGGGAGGAUCUCAGUAAAAUUCCUUACACUACUAUGUGUAUAAAAGAAUCCCUUCGUCUUUACCCUGCUGUGCCAGGAAUUGCCAGAAAAAUCACCAAACCCAUGACCUUCGUUGAUGGAAGGACUGCGCCAGCAGGUACCCUUGUUGGAAUAAGCGUGUAUGGAAUUCACAGAAAUGCAACUGUCUGGGAAAACCCUCAUGUCUUUGAUCCGCUGCGUUUCCUACCAGAGAAUGCUUCUAAGAGGUCGCCUCAUGCUUUUGUGCCUUUCUCAGCUGGGCCAAGAAACUGCAUCGGUCAGAACUUUGCUAUGAAUGAGAUGAAAGUGGCGACUGCCAUGGCACUGAAGCGAUACGAGCUGAUAGAGGAUCCCACUUUGAAACCUAAGGUCCUUCCCAGAGUGGUGCUCCGCUCUGUUGAUGGCAUCUACAUCAAGAUCAAGCCGGUAAACCCAGUGGGGUAAUUAAAGGGAAAUACCUAAAGUCGCUGUUGUAGAAUUCAUUCCCCAGCUAGUGAAUAAUUUUAGCUGAUCUGAGGUAUCUACAUUGUUAACCUUUUUUAUACUGACAUAGAAUCUUACAAAUGAUUUAAAUUGUAUUCUAUUUCCUGUAUGUUCAGAAUGAAUUGCUUGUUGAAAAAGCACAAAGAGAAAAGUUGUGAUCUGCUGCUAACCCUGGAACACUAUAUCCAUAAGUUGUUUUUGCACUUUGUUUGUGAAAGAUUAAUAGUACUUUCAUUGUUUUUAAAAAUGUGCUGCUAAUCCGUUUUUAACAAAUCUGAAAUGUUCAGAGGUGAGUUUGUAUUUCUUUAUUUGUUGUGUAAAUGAAUAAUCUAAGAUGUUGUGAAGUUUAGCAAAGCACAGGUUACUACAUAUUUAUGAUUUUAUGUGCAAAUGAGUUAUGGCUAAUUGGAACGGAAAUAAAUCGCUUCACUGUUUUAGUCGUUAA